UACCGGAGAGCCAUGUCGAACCGCCCGACUCGACUCCUCAUCGCUGUGCGACGUGAGCAGCGGCGCGUUCCCGCGGUAGCAAGGUGCUUUGGCGAACGUGUCGUGCACGGCCGGCGCACAUGGCGGAGCAACUCCUCUCGACGGCCGUGCACGACACGGUGCCAAGGAAGUACGUCCGGCCGGAGUCGCAGCGGCCGCGCCUCGCGGAGGUCGUGACCGGCGCGCCGAUCCCCGUCGUCGACCUCGCGUGCCCCGACCGCGCCGCGGUCGUGGCCGCCAUCGGCGCCGCCUGUCGCUCGCACGGCUUCUUCCAGGUGACACACGCCGCGGCCUUCCGUGUGCAUGCACGGACCAAAUUAGCAGACCGGGGAUUACUACUGACACGUACGACGUGCAUGUCCCGUUUGAUGCAGGUGCUGAACCACGGGAUAGACGCCGGCCUAACGGCAGCGGUGAUGGCCGUGGGGCGCGAGUUCUUCCGGCUGCCAGCGGAGGAGAAGGCGAAGCUCUACUCCGACGACCCGGCCAGGAAGAUGCGGCUGUCCACGAGCUUCAACGUGCGCAAGGAGACGGUGCACAACUGGCGGGAUUACCUCCGGCUGCACUGCCAUCCCCUCGACCAAUUCGUGCCGGAAUGGCCGUCCAACCCGCCCGACUUCAAGGAGACCAUGAGCACGUACUGCAAGGAGGUCCGGGAGCUGGGGUUCAGGCUGUACGGGGCGAUCGCGGAGAGCCUGGGGCUGGAGGCGGGCUACAUCGAGAGGACGCUGGGUGAGCAGGAGCAGCACAUGGCCGUCAACUUCUACCCGCGGUGCCCCGCGCCGGAGCUCACCUACGGGCUCCCGGCCCACACCGACCCCAACGCGCUCACCAUCCUGCUCAUGGACCAGGACGUCGCCGGCCUGCAGGUGCUCAACGGCGGCAAGUGGGUCGCCGUUAACCCGCAGCCCGGCGCGCUCGUCAUCAACAUCGGCGACCAGCUGCAGGCGCUGAGCAACGGGGAGUACAGGAGCGUGUGGCACCGCGCGGUGGUGAACUUGGACAGCGAGCGGAUGUCCGUGGCGUCGUUCCUGUGCCCGUGCAACGACGUGGUGCUCGGCCCCGCGCAGAAUCUCGUCACCGAGGAGACCCCCGCCGUGUACAGGAACUACACGUACGAUGAGUACUACAAGAAAUUCUGGAGCAGGAACCUUGACCAAGAGCACUGCCUCGAGCUCUUCAGAACCUAGCUAAAGCGGUACAGAGUGAACUCGGAGCUUAUUUGUCUGUUCUCUUGCACUUUUCCAAUAAACUAAACAGUGCGUGAUGCUUGCCUGAGCAAUGCCCUCCUUAGAGAAGAUCACACAAAUCACAGGAGAAUAAAAGGAGUACAUGAAUUCGGUAAGAAGCGCCAAAGUGUAGUUUUGCGAUAGACAUUGUCGUGGAAAACAUGUAAUUUUGUGUAUUGUAUUCUUGGAACAUGUAGUUUGAUGAAAUCUCAAAACUUAGUAAUAAAAGCAUGAAGUUCACUCUU